CAGCAGAGUGGAAUAGAGGUUCGCAUUUCUGCCUCACAGUUCUGAGGGUCAGGGUUUGACAUUCAGCCUCAAUUUAUAAAUACUGGGAGUCUCCCUCCCUUUGCCUCCUGCCCCGUUGCUGUGGCAACAAACGGAGAGCGUCGGCUGCUCUGUGCAAGAAUGGAAAGGAAGAUGGAGGAGAACCCCGUGAGAGACGCCGAGACUGGCAAUGAAGCUGGAGGUGAGGAGGCCUUGGUGGGUAAUGUCAACAAGCUGACAGUGACCGCACCAGGGUACUCAGGAUCUCCAAGAAAAGGACAUCUGGUUUUUGAUGCUUGCUUCGAGAGUGGGAACCUUGGUCGUGUUGACUACAUCAGUGAAUUUGAGUUUGACCUUUUCAUCCGGCCUGACACCUGCAAUCCCCGGUUCCGCGUCUGGUUCAACUUCACCGUGGAGAAUGUCCGAGAAACACAGAGGGUAAUUUUCAAUGUGGUUAACUUCUCCAAGACCAAGAGCCUCUAUAGAGAUGGCAUGUCUCCUGUUGUCAAGUCCACCAGCAGGCCCAAAUGGCAAAGACUUCCAGCCAAAAAUGUGUACUACUACCGCUGCCCGGACCACCGGCGCAACUAUGUAAUGUCGUUUGCCUUCUGCUUUGACCGAGAGGACGACGUGUACCAGUUCGCCUACUGCUACCCUUACACCUACUCCAGACUGCAGCACUACCUCGCCAGCCUGGAGCGCAGGAACCUUCCCUACCUGCGGAGGGAGCAGCUGGGACUCAGUGUGCAACAACGGCAGCUGGACCUGUUAACCAUCACCAAUUGUGACCAACAGAGUGGAGAAAGGGAGAAGAAGCUCGUUUUCCUGACGGCUCGCGUUCACCCUGGAGAGUCUCCUGCCUCGUUUGUCUGUCAAGGUUUGAUUGACUUCCUGGUGAGCCAGCAUCCUGUAGCUCAGCUCCUAAGAGAUUAUGUGAUCUUCAAAAUCGUCCCCAUGCUGAAUCCUGACGGCGUGUAUCUGGGCAACUACAGGUGUUCACUAAUGGGCUUUGACCUCAAUCGCCACUGGCAGGACCCCUCUCCAUGGGCACACCCCACACUACACGCUGUCAAACAACUCAUAGUGCAGAUGAGCCAAGACCCGAGUGUUAGCUUGGAGUUCUACAUCGAUGUCCACGCUCACUCCACCAUGUUGAACGGCUUCAUGUACGGCAACGUGUUUGAAGACGAGGAACGCGUCCAGCGACAGGCCGUCUUCCCCAGGCUGCUGUGCCACAAUGCGCACGACUUCUCCUUUUCCAGCACGUCCUUCAAUCGUGACGUUGUGAAGGCCGGCACUGGCAGACGUUUCCUCGGCGGUCUCCUUGACGACACGUCCUACUGCUACACUCUGGAGGUGUCUUUUUACAGCUACAUGACCUCUGGCAGCACGGCUCCCGUGGCCUACACCGAGGAGACGUACAUGAGGCUGGGCAAGAAUGUAGCUCGGACCUUCCUGGAUUACUACAAACUCAAUAACCUCAUCAAAGACAGUGUGCUAAGUCCCCUUCAAAGUUCUGAAGUGACGUCUCAGUCUGACAGCAAAGGGGUGGACACAGAGAAGGAAAGGAGCCAGCAUGUCAGGCACUAGAUGGACACAGACCGCAACCAUUGUACCAAGAGGAGCCUUCACUCUUCAUCACUUUGACAAGAUCAACAUCUCCCUGCCUCUGGACGUACAUACACGGACUAAAAUGUCACAAGUCCCAUGAGGUUAUUAUUUACUAAAAAAUAGGUUCGUAUGAUCAUAUGUAAAUGCAUACCUUCCACAGCUAGUUAAAUACAGUACUGCACUGUAUAUAUAUUUUUGUUAUAAUGUUAUUAUAAACACUUGUGUUGUUUUUCUCAUUGCAAUUAUGCCGCAAUUGUAUAAGAGACCUUAAUGAUGCAAUGUUUGUAAAAGAAUGCAAAUAAUGUAAUGUUUUUGUUCUCUUCAAAAUCACUCCGUAUCCACGUACUGUAUAUAUUGCCCUAUAGUGAGUUUGCCAUUGUGGAGUUCUAUUUGAAUUUGUAGUACGUGUAGGUCAUCCUCGAUUUAGAGCCCUCAAUCUAUCCCACAAUGCAUCUUAAAAAGUAGCGUAGUAUUUAUUCAGUAUUUACUGAUAUUAACUGGAGGGUGAUCUGGGAAGUUGUAACUAUGCAACAUUUUUGUAGCGUGAGGCGUUUCUGUUUUAAAAACUCUACAAAUAAUUAGAACAAAUUACUAGUAUAUAUAUUUUUUUAAAUAAUGUAUCUAAUUAUGUACUUGGAUCGCAUUCAAAAAUAGAUUUUUCAUUUGACUGAUAAAUGAGCUACAUAUUGUCCUCCAUAUAAAAAUCCCAAUAUAGUGAUUAAGGAAUGAUUCCGAACACAGCCUUAUAAAACGAAAACACAUAAUAUGCAAAAUUCUUAUAAGGCAGGUAUGUAUGCAUAUGUUUCCAUUGGUUUUGUUAAAAAAAAAUUUUAGAUGUCGCAUGCAAACAAGUACCCGGAGAAAAUACACGCGAGCACAUGCAAGAAAGCCCAAAAUGCCCAGCUAGGAUUCGAACCCAAAACCUCAAAUUUAUGAGACAUUAGUGCAAGUCACCAGUCCAAGUGCAAUUUUGUCUUCAUUCAUUGCCUUUGUAUAUGUAUUAUGUUGAGUCGAUAUGCUUAAAAACGAUUUUGUGAUGGG